GGUGCUAGCCGGUAGGAGGCGGAGCUCAGAGCCGUCGGCUCAGCUGUGAAGCGGUCACCGGGUUCGGUCACCUGCAGCCAGGUCCAAAGCGGAGGAUCGUCCGGAGAGAACAGCGGCGGCCGGAGCAUGAUAGAUUCCGAGGUUGAUGUGAAGUUGCAGAUGCAGCCGUAUGAAUGAGCCACUGCUGCCAUCGAACUUGUGACCCCCACAGUAAAGACGUAACCUUAUCGUCCCAUGAUGGUGCAGCAUAUCCUUCUGCUCGGCCUUCUAUUAGCCACUGUCCUGCUGGUAAUUGAGGGCAGCCUCCCCUUCUUGUCCAAACAACGACUGAAGGGACGAUUCCAGCGCGACCGCAGGAAUAUCCGUCCGAACAUCAUCCUGGUACUGACUGAUGACCAGGAUGUGGAGCUGGGUUCAAUGUCCGUGAUGAACAAAACAAAGCGCAUCAUGGAACAGGGGGGAACACACUUUAUAAAUGCCUUUGUUACUACGCCCAUGUGCUGCCCAUCUCGCUCCUCCAUCCUAACCGGGAAGUAUGUCCACAACCACAACACUUACACCAACAAUGAGAACUGCUCGUCUCCGUCUUGGCAGGUGCAGCAUGAGCCACAUACCUUCUCAGUCUACCUGAACAACACUGGCUACAGGACAGCUUUCUUUGGCAAAUACCUAAAUGAGUAUAAUGGCUCGUACGUCCCCCCGGGCUGGAAAGAGUGGGUUGGCCUGGUGAAGAACUCUCGUUUCUACAAUUACACACUCUGCCGAAAUGGAGUAAAGGAGAAACAUGGAUCGGACUACUCCAAGGAUUAUUUGACAGAUCUCAUCACAAACAACAGCUUAAGCUUCUUCCGCACCUCAAAGAAGUUGUACCCCCACCGCCCAGUGCUGAUGGUGCUUAGCCAUGCUGCCCCCCACGGCCCUGAAGAUGCUGCACCCCAGUAUUCUCACAUGUUCUCCAAUGCCUCUCAGCACAUAACCCCGAGCUAUAACUAUGCCCCAAACCCAGACAAGCACUGGAUCAUGAGGUACACAGGACCCAUGAUGCCCAUCCACAUGGAAUUCACCAACAUGCUGCAUCGGCGGCGAUUACAGACCCUGAUGUCUGUCGAAGAUUCAAUGGAGAAGAUCUAUAACAUGUUGGUGGAGCUGGGUGAGCUGGACAACACGUACAUCAUCUACACAGCAGACCACGGAUACCACAUUGGCCAGUUUGGGCUGGUAAAGGGAAAGUCCAUGCCAUAUGAAUUUGACAUCCGGGUGCCGUUCUACAUCCGCGGCCCAAACGUGGAUGCAGGUUCACUGAACCCUCACAUUGUGCUGAAUAUCGAUCUGGCCCCGACCAUCUUGGACAUCGCAGGGCUGGAUAUUCCUGCAGACAUGGACGGGAAGUCCAUACUGAAGCUGCUGGACACUGAGCGGCCGUUGAAUCGGUUUCAGGUUCAGAAAAAAGUAAAGGUCUGGAGAGAGUCCUUUCUGGUGGAGCGUGGAAAGUUGCUACAUAAAAGAGAGAUGGACAAGAUGGAUGCACAGGAGGAGAACUUCCUGCCCAAGUAUCAGCGUGUUAAAGACUUGUGUCAGCGGGCAGAGUAUCAGACGGCCUGCGAGCAGCUGGGGCAGAAAUGGCAGUGUGUUGAGGAUCCCACUGGAAAGCUGCGGCUGCACAAGUGUAAGGGGAUGGCAAGUGUUUCUGCACCCUUGGACAGUAAGAAGCUCUCUCUCAAUCUCAUGAACAGUUACUAUACCAGUGAUGAAUGCAACUGUGAUCCCAUCUACUACAAGCUGUCUACGCUCGGUCGCCGCAAGAAGCUGCUCACCAAGAAAAAGUACAAGGCCAGUUACCUAAGGAACCGCUCUGUUCGAUCUGUGUCUAUUGAAGUGUCCAGUGAUAUAAUCAAUAUGGAUAUAGAGCAGGAGUAUGAGCCUGUGCUGAGGAGGAAUGUCACCAAGCGGCAUAAGCCAGAUGACGACGAUGAGGAGGAUGAGGAUGCUGACGAUUUCAGCGGGACAGGAGAGGUUACAAAUGAAUUGGUUGUGCCCAGUGCUGUGAAAGUGACACACAGGUGCCACAUUCUUCCCAAUGACACUGUGCAGUGCGACCUUGAUCUCUACAAGUCUCUGCAGGCCUGGAAGGAUCACAAGCUGCAUGUUGACCAUGAGAUUGAAACAUUACAGACUAAGAUCAAGAACCUGAGAGAGGUCAGAGGCCACCUAAAGAAGAGGCGGCCAGAAGACUGUGAUUGCAGUAAGAUCAGUUACUUCAAGCACAAGAAGGGGAAGCUGAAGAGUGGGGGCCACUUCACACAUCCCUAUAAGAAUUCACUGAAAGAACAUGACAAGAUUUGGCUUCUGCGGGAACAGAGACGCAAGAAGAAGCUGCGAAAACUGCUGAAGAGGCUGAAGAACAAUGACACAUGCAGUAUGCCCGGUCUCACCUGCUUCACCCAUGACAACCAGCACUGGCAAACCGCCCCCUUCUGGACAUUGGGGCCCUUCUGUGCCUGCACCAGUGCCAACAACAACACUUACUGGUGCCUGAGAACCAUCAACGAGACCCACAACUUCCUAUUCUGUGAAUUCGCUACUGGCUUCCUGGAGUACUUUGACCUCAAUACUGACCCAUACCAGCUGAUUAACGCAGUGAACACUCUGGACCGAGAUGUCCUCAAUCACUUACAUGUCCAGCUGAUGGAGCUGCGCAGCUGUAGGGGCUCCAGGCAGUGCAACCCCCGCACACGGAACAUGGAGAUCGGUCUGAAAGAUGAGAGUUUUGAGCAGUACAAACAACUUCAGCGUCGAAAAUGGCCAAAAACGAAGAGACCAUCCUCUAAAUCUUUAGACCAGCUAUGGGAGGGCUGGGAAGGAUAACGCUGCCUUUGAUGAAGAGUCUUCUAAUGAACUUGAAGCAUUGAUAACUCUCGAAGAUGUUCUUCAGAAUCCAUGGACUGCGCCCUGUGAGUAGAUAGUCUGCAGAGGAUAGGACCGAUUGCCCAGACAUGCUGCAGACUGUUACCUACAAACUCCACUUUGUUUAUUCCGCCUCAUACAUUCCCGCUGCCAGAGUGGAUCCUACAAGCGCCACUUCUUGCCUGGAGUCGACAAGAAGUACAAGACUUCUCCAGUACAACUCCCUCCCCACCCCCACCCCCACACAGAGACUUGGGGAAGAGGAGCAUAUACUGAAGUAAAUAAAAUAACACAGGAAGACAUUUUGUAAAUAAUGCCAGCGCCUGGCGGCAACACAAGGGGAGUUGCUGGAUUUACCAUAAAGAAACCUCACCGGUGAUUUAAUACAUAAUAAAGUUUCAUAACUGA